CUCUUUCCAGCGGAGGCCCUGAGGAGGAGAGCCGGGGGCUGGGGCUGAGGCCUAGCCGUGGCUCCUCCGCCCCGUCCCCUCCUUGCGCCUGCUCAGAGGCCGCCGGGGAGCCCUCCCUCCCUCCCUCCCUCCUUCCCCUUCUCCAGCCCCAGGAGGAGCUAUCAGCGGAGGCUCUGAGGAGCCGGGAAGAAGGCGGAGGCCUCCGACCCAGGAUGGAGAGCCCUGGAGGCGGGAGGCUGGGGCCCACCCCUCCGCCAUCAUCGCCCAGUAUGUUGUUUUUCAGACCAAAGCAUUGCUGUGGGAUUAUUCAAGAUGAAAGGUUAGUGAAAAGAAAACCUUCUACAUAACAGUUUAGGAAAGUGAUCAGUUGUACCAGACUGAAGAUUUGUGUGUAAAUCGUUCAUAUCUGCAAAUUAGCUUCCUUGGGACCUUCAGUGAGCAUCAGAACAAUAUUUCUGAAACAGCAUGACUAAUUGUAAAGGAAGAUCUGUCAGCAAGAAAAUAAAUGAGAAAGCCUAUCAUGGAGAAGGAUUUGUAAAUUGGACUAUAAAUCUAAAUACAAUUCAGUCUGACAAGUUCUUGAACCUGCUGUUGAGUAUGGUUCCAAUUGUUUACCACAAAAACCAGGAAGAGAGACAUAAGAAAGUAAAUGGUGUCUGGCAAGAUGGAUUACAACCAUCAGGGCACAGUUUCAGUGUUAGAACUGAUCAGCACAUGGAUUAUCAUCACUUUUCGGAAUCAAAUUUUCAUCAUGGUAGUAAUGGACAUAAUUCAUCAAGCUGUAGUCCAAAGUAUGAUAACUUUGCAAGCUAUAAUUAUUCAGACGGAAUUGACUCAUCAGAAACAGAUGCUAUGCUGCAGGACAACAGUGCAUCUAGUGAUGGUGAUGAAGACACCAUUGUGGAAGGGACCAGAAGACAGCCAAAAGAAUCAAGUAGCAUUAUGGCACUGCAGAUACUAGUUCCAUUUUUGCUAGCAGGAUUUGGAACAGUGUCAGCUGGGAUGGUUCUGGAUAUAGUUCAGCAUUGGGAAGUGUUCAAAAAUAUAACGGAAGUUUUCAUCUUGGUUCCUGCACUGCUUGGAUUGAAGGGGAACCUGGAAAUGACUUUGGCAUCCCGACUAUCUACAGCUGUAAAUAUUGGGAAAAUGGAUUCACCAAUUGAGAAGUGGAAUCUAAUAAUUGGUAAUUUGGCUCUAAAACAGGUACAAGCAACAGUCGUUGGGUUUUUGGCAGCUGUGGCAGCAGUUAUAUUAGGCUGGAUUCCUGAGGGAAAAUACCGCCUUGAUCACUCAGUCCUUUUGUGUUCUAGCAGUGUAGCAACAGCCUUCAUAGCAUCCCUUUUACAGGGAAUAAUAAUGGUUGGAGUUAUUGUUGGCUCUAAGAAGACUGGCAUAAAUCCUGACAAUGUUGCAACACCUAUUGCAGCAAGCUUUGGAGACCUUAUCACUCUUGCCAUACUUGCUUGGAUAAGUCAGGGUCUUUAUGAUUGCCUUGAGAAAUAUUAUUAUAUAUCUCCUUUAGUUGGUACCUUUUUCUUGGCUCUGACUCCUAUGUGGAUUGUAAUUGCUGCGAAACAUCCAGCUACAAGAACUGUUCUCCAUUCAGGCUGGGAACCUGUUAUAACUGCUAUGGUCAUAAGCAGUAUUGGUGGCCUUAUUCUGGAUACAACAGUAUCAGAUCCUAAUUUAGUUGGGAUUGUUGUUUACACUCCAGUAAUAAAUGGUAUUGGUGGGAAUCUUGUAGCAAUUCAAGCAAGCAGAAUUUCUACGUAUUUACAUUUACAUAAUGUUCCCGGAGAAUUACCAGAAGAAGCAAAGGGGUGCUAUUACCCUUGCAGGACAUAUUGUGGCACAGGAGUAAACAAUAAAUCAGCACAAGUUCUUCUACUUUUGGUGAUUCCAGGGCAUUUAAUUUUCUUGUACACUAUUCAUUUAAUGAAAAGUGGGCAUACAUCUUUGACCCCAAUCUUCAUAGUGGUAUAUUUGUUCACAGCUCUCUUACAGGUGUUUAUCUUGUUAUGGAUUGCUGACUGGAUGGUGCACCACUUCUGGAAGAAAGCAAAAGAUCCAGAUAGUUUUUCUAUCCCUUAUCUUACUGCACUUGGAGAUCUUCUUGGAACUGCCUUACUUGCAAUGAGUUUUCACUUUCUGUGGCUCAUUGGUGACAGAGAUGGGGAUGUAGGAGACUAGUAAACCAGAUGCUCACAUUAGCUGAUCCUAUUAGAGGAAGAUGAGAAACGAGACAACCACUUAUCUUAUUAUUUAAUCUGAAAGAUUUGAAGACAGUUUGUUGAAUUUGAUCAUGGUGCAGUCCUGCAGUGCAGUCCUAUACACAUCUACUCAGAAAUAAGUCCCACUGAUUUCAGUGGAGCUUAUUCUCAGGUAAAAGUGUUUAGGAUUCCAGCCUCUGUAUUGGCCCUGAUAUGAAAUGGCGUUCAUAUUUUUAAAUUAUGAAAUGCAAGUGGAAAAAGAAGGUUUACCAUAAAUAUUUUGGUUAUUGCUACCUGAUAGCAUCUAACUACAAAAGGAGAAAGGUUAGUAUUGUGCCAAGAAAUAAAGCCGAGAAAUGUAGAUGAGGAGCAGUAAAUAACGAAGUGAUUCAAUUUAAUCAUGGAUGUACCUGUCUAUCACACAUCAGUUCAUGCUUCACAGUGUAAUGGAUGCACAAAAUCAAAUAUUUCUAUUCUACAGUUAGGGUUUAUAGAAUUGGACACAUUUUGCUUAAUAAUAGCCAAAGCUUUGUGCAUGUAAUUAAUCCCCCCCCCCAAAGAAAAGACAUUCCAUAGGGAUAUUCUAUUCGAUACCCCUUCUUAGUUGCUGCAGGGACAGAAUAAAGCAACUGUUCUGAAACCUGUUAUAAUCUGCAGGAAAUGGAAAGAUGUUUCUGAUAGAGAUAAUGCAGUUUGACCAUGCAUGGACUUUAAUGAUAUUGUAUUAUAUUUCAAAAGACAUAUUGACACAGUUUUCAAAUGUUCAGUUUUGUUUUUUGGAUUAAGAGGGAAGUAUAAUUUCUACAGGGAAUGAAGGCUACCUAGAAUACACCAGGGUUGAGUGAGGGGAACUGGCUUUUGAUAUAUAGUUAUGGGAAAGUUGCUAUAUGUAUCUGAAGAAAAAAAAUGAUAGGAGUAAUGAUAGAUUAUUUUUAAAGAAAUACUAUUGAAGAAAAGGAAAACCUGAACCCACUCUACCAAGUAGCAUUGCUGCACAAUUGUGUACAAAAGUGCUUCUUUACUACUGUGUGGUUGCUACCCUGUAGCAGCUGGGAGUUUUAAGGGCUUUUCCAAAUUCUGUUUAUUGUGCAAUAACAGUGUGGUUUCUACUCUAGUGUUAUGGAGAAUUCAGGCAUCUUUUUUUUAUUUUCAGAUAUAACACUGUUGUAAGGAAAUCACAUUUUCUCAGUGCUUGAACCAGAAUAGCUUCCUGCUGAGAAAAGGUCUUUUCCCAGGCCCAGUGUGCAAAUGUUCGUAGCUUAAGUGCUUUGUGGGAUGUGUUUGUGUGGUAUAGGCAUCCUUUGAGUCCAUGUGGAAUAAUCAUAAUGUACAACACAUUCCACCUCACAUGUCUGCACCAUUUCAUGGAUCUUUGAAGAAAAUACCUGUAAAAUGUGUAUUUCCAUUUGUAGCACUUCAGUGUAGGAGAUCCCAUGCCUACCCUGAAUUAACAAACUUUUAUUUUUUAGCCCAGCACUGCAUAUUAUGUUCUGGAUAUGGUACUGGAAUUUGAGGGGGGGGUUUUAAGAAAUAUUUUCAUAACAGUUGUUUCACUUUAUGGUUUUCUGUGAGCUGUACAGUGCCUUGCGCAUUCUCUUAAUAAAAUUUCAAAUUAUGACAGCACAAUCCUCCACAUCACAUCAUUAGAAACCACCAGUGAGGGCUAUGCAAGUUUAAGGGGAAAGGAUGAGCAUUUUAAAUUAAUAGCAAUGGAAUUUGCAUUGACAGGUUGAGUCUCCCUUAUCCAGAAAAUUUUCAUGGUUGGCUGAGAUAGUGACCCCUUUGAUUUUUGAUGGUUCGGUGUACACAAACUUUGUUUCAUGCACAAAAUUAUUUUUAAAAUAUUUUAUAAAAUUAUUUUCUAUGUAUAUAAGGUAUAUAUGAAACUUAAAUGAAUUUUGUGUUUAAAAUUAGGUCUCACCUCCAAGAUAUCUCAGUAUGUAAGUAUGUGCAAAUACAUUCCAAAAUAAACAAAAACCCAAAUACAAAAUAUUUCUGGUCUGAAGCAUUUCAGAUAAGGGAAACUCAACCUGUAGUUAUUCCUACUUUAUAUAUCCUAGUGAUAAAAUUGGUUUAGAUCAGAGUUUCUCAACCAGGAUUUCCUUGAACCCUAGGGUUUCAUGAGAGGUUGCUAAGACUUCUGUGAGACAUUCUGAUUGGGAGAAAAAAAACCUUUUAAAGCUAUAGAUAGAAUAAUUUUUAUGCAGGCGUUCCCUCAAGGGUUCAUCCAGCAUAAAAAGAUUGAGAAAGGUUGAUCUAAGAUAAUGUAUUUCAAAUAUGCAAAGCUUGGCAACUAAAUCUAUGUAUAGAAUUCCAGGUUUCACAUGCUGAGUCUUAUUAAUACAGCAAAAAUAAAUUUGAUUGCUAAAUGCCCUCAUCUUCAAGAAAAUCAAGAGGCUGACAGCUGUUUAACUUCCUAAUGGAAACCUUAUGUGAAUAACUUUCCCCAAAGAGUAAAAUAAUUUUGAAUUUGCAUUUUCAGUUACAUGUAUAUCUAGACAUUCCUCCAAUGAGCUCAAUGCAGAGAACAUGGCUCCUCUCCUCCUCACUUGAUAAAAACAAUCUAGUGUGGUGGGGUCAGGAUGAAAUGGUAAUCUCCCAAGACUCAGUCCAGCAUUCAAACUACUGUGCUACAGUGACUCAUAAUUAUUGGAAGACUAGCACUGUCAGUAAUAUUUCAUAAUGGGAAUAGAAAAUUUAACUGACACUCCAGAUUCCCUUAUUCCCCUUAGAUGAUAUCAACAUUUUUUAAAAAAUAAAAGGUAUCUUGUAUGUGGAUGUUUUCAGGAGGAGUUGGGGAGAAUUCAGCUUACUAAUAUUUGAGGAUAUAGAUCCAGGUGCAAUUAUGUUUUAAAUUUUAAUUGAGCUGUGUUCAUGUUGGAAUUGUUGUCUGAUGGAAAAUAUUUUAAAAUUUGAGUAUAUAACAUUUUAAAGUUCUUUGGAAACAAAUGAAACAAAUAAAAUUUCUUCUGUUUUUAAUAUAGUACUGCG